AGCUCCGCCGGCCCCCCGUGUGCUCCGGCCCUGCCCUCUCCCAUCCUCUUCCUCCUCCUCCUCCUGCUGUAGCCGCUGCUCUUAUCGGUCGCUCUCCGCUCCGUCUCCGUCGUCGACAACAGAUAUCAUUUAUCAGCAUCUCUCCGACUCUGCAUCAUGUCUUCCGUGCUCCAGAAGCUCAUGAGCCCCGUGGCCAGCGCGGCCCCCGAGCCCCCCAGGAACAAGGUGACGGUGGUGGGCGUGGGCCAGGUGGGCAUGGCCUGCGCCGUCAGCAUCCUGCUGCGGGAUCUGUGUGACGAGCUGGCUCUGGUGGACGUGAUGGAGGACCGUCUGAAGGGAGAGAUGAUGGACCUGCAGCACGGCAGCCUCUUCCUCAAGACGUCCAAGAUCGUGGCUGAUAAAGACUACGCCGUCACGGCUAACUCCCGCCUGGUGGUGGUGACGGCGGGCGUCCGCCAGCAGGAGGGCGAGAGCCGUCUCAACCUGGUGCAGAGGAACGUCAACGUGUUCAAGGCCAUCAUCCCCCAGAUCAUGAAGUACAGCCCCAACUGCACGCUGAUCGUGGUGUCCAACCCCGUGGAUGUUCUGACCUACGUCACCUGGAAGCUGAGCGGUCUGCCCAAGCACCGCGUCAUCGGCAGCGGCACCAACCUGGACUCGGCCCGCUUCCGCUACAUGAUGGCGGAGCGGCUCGGCAUCCACGCCAGCUCCUUCAACGGCUGGGUGCUGGGCGAGCACGGAGACACCAGCGUUCCCGUGUGGAGCGGCGCCAACGUUGCCGGGGUGAACCUGCAGAAGCUGAACCCGGACAUCGGCACCGACGGGGACAAGGAGGGCUGGAAGGCCACGCACAAGGCUGUGGUGGACAGUGCGUACGAGGUGAUCAAGCUGAAGGGCUACACCAACUGGGCCAUCGGCCUGAGCGUGGCCGACCUCACUGAGAGCAUCGUGAAGAACAUGAGCCGCGUCCACCCCGUGUCCACCAUGGUGAAGGACAUGUACGGCAUCGGAGAGGAGGUGUUCCUGUCGCUGCCCUGCGUGCUGAACAACAGCGGCGUCAGCAGCGUGGUCAACAUGACGCUGACCGACGGCGAGGUGGGCCAGCUGAAGAAGAGCGCCGACACGCUGUGGGGCAUCCAGAAGGACCUGAAGGACCUGUGAUCCCGCCCACCGAGAACACACACUCGCACACACUCCUUUUGUAACGGCUCACUCUCUGACUGUCCCGCUCUGUUUUUAGAGGAGCACGCCGCCGUUUUCCCCCUGAAAACGCCGGCCUGCUCCUUUAACCGCGGCCUGCUGUAGUAGCUGCUGUUUGCAGAUGUUCUCGCUAGGAUCCUUGUUUCAGGUGAAAUGUGGUUUCCCUCCAGCCCCCCCUGUAACCCCUGCCCCCCCCCGCUCUGCUCUGAAACUCUCCGGACGGCACCUACUGACGUUUGUGUGGUUCUGUUGGCGGUUGACACGUUCACUGAUCGUCUCCGUCUGGUUUUCUCACCGGCUGUGUUGAUCCGUCUGUGUGAAACUGAAUAAACCUGAACAUCUUCAUGGAA